CUCUCUCUCACUGUCUCUCUCUCUUUCUCUCUCUCUCUCUCCCUUCUCCCACCCUUGUUCUCUUUCUGCUCAGCAUGGAAAUCUCUUACCGGUGUCUCACUGACCCUCUACAUCUCCCUAUCUAUCUCUCACACGCUCUCUCGCUCCCUCACUCACUCUCUCUCGCUGUCUUUCUCCUCGUGUCCUGCUUUAUGAGGCAGGGAUCAGCGUUGAGCAUGAGUGAGCGUGUGUGAGCUCUUUCUUUGCUGCAGCAUCCUGAGUCUCUGUAUGGAGGAAAGGAGGAGAGCUCCUGCUACUCUCCCAGCAAAUAGCAAUCUAGGUGGGGGAACAUCGCGGCCAGAGAGCGGGUUCUCUUGAACAGAAACAGUACAGUCCCAGGACAGAACGGACAGACAGGUGACUGGAGAGGAACGAAAGAAGAGCUCAAGAGGAGAGGAGCAUAUUGCUGCCUGUCAGGCUUUUGUGUUGUGAGAAACGAAGGGAGAAAAGAGGGGAGGAUAGGAGGGAGGGGGGCAUACUCCUGAGGUACAGGGAUCCCAGGAGGUUUUGGCAGGGGGGAGAGGGCUCUACAGGAGGGGCGUGUCAAAGCUGAAGAGGAGGGGGUCUUCUCUGCUUAUCAAAGACAAGAAGGACAGAAAGAGAGGGAGAAAAAUGAGUGAAGAGUGAAGGAGAGGUAACGGUUUCGCCUCAGUGUCAGGAGUUGAAGAGGGUCUCGAGGGGGUCGUGCUGAGAAUGAAGAGGGAGAGGGUCUGCUGAGAAAAAGGAGAGUAGAAACAACAAACAGAGGGUAAGGACAAAGGGGUGUGUGAUCACUGAGUGAAGACUUGGUCUCUGAGGAAGAAGAGGAGGAGGAGAGGUCUCUCUCAUUGAGGCGGUCUGGUCGUUUUCCCUGGUGAACUUCAGUCAGUCUACAGGACUCCAUCAUGGCCGUCCAACUCAUGCCCGAAUCAGCUGUCUGUUUGCUUAUGAUGACGGAGGGGCGGCGAUGUCAGGUCCAUCUCCUGGACGACAGGAAGCUAGAGCUCCUCGUACAGCCCAAACUAAUGGCCAAGGACCUGUUGGAUCUGGUGGCCUCCCACUUCAACCUGAAGGAGAAGGAAUAUUUUGGCAUCUCCUACACAGAUGAAACGGGUCAUUUCAGCUGGCUGCAGUUGGACCGAAGGGUUCUAGAACACGAGUUCCCCAAGAAGUCUGGACCCAUCGUACUCUACUUCUGUGUCAGGUUUUACAUAGAGAGUAUUUCCUACCUGAAGGACAAUGCUACUAUUGAACUCUUCUUCCUCAAUGCUAAGUCCUGCAUAUACAAGGAGCUCAUUGAGGUGGACAGUGAGGUGGUUUUUGAGCUGGCCUCCUAUAUCCUACAGGAGGCUAAAGGUGACUUCACCAGUAACGACAUGACGAGGUCAGACCUGAAGAAGCUUCCAGCUCUGCCGACUCAGGCCCUGAAGGAACACCCAUCUCUGGCCUACUGUGAGGACCGGGUGAUAGAACACUACAAGAAGCUCAAUGGACAGUCCAGAGGGCAGGCCAUAGUCAAUUAUAUGAGCAUCGUUGAGUCCCUGCCUACAUAUGGAGUACAUUACUACACUGUUAAGGAUAAACAGGGCAUCCCGUGGUGGCUGGGGCUGAGUUAUAAAGGAAUCUUCCAGUAUGACUACCAGGACAAGGUCAAACCCAGGAAGGUGUUCCAAUGGCGUCAGCUGGAGAACCUCUACUUCAGAGAGAAGAAGUUCUCAGUGGAAGUUCACGACCCCAGGAGUAGGGCGUCGGUGACCAGAAGGACGUUUGGCCACAGUGGUAUAGCUGUCCACACCUGGUACGCCUGCCCUGCUCUCAUUAAGUCUAUCUGGGCCAUGGCCAUCAGCCAACACCAGUUCUACCUUGACCGCAAGCAGAGCAAGUCUAAGAUCCAUGCGGCUCGUAGUCUCAGUGAGAUAGCCAUCGACCUGACAGAGACUGGCACUCUGAAGACAUCUAAACUGGCCAACAUGGGCAGCAAGGGCAAGAUCAUCUGUGGCAGCUCCGGCAGUCUGCUCUCCUCAGGUUCCCAGGAGUCGGACAGUUCUCAGACAGCUAAGAAGGACAUGCUUGCAGCACUAAGGGCAAGACAGGAGGCUCUGGAGGAGACACUCAAACAGAGACUAGAGGAACUCAAGAACAUCUGUAUCAGAGAGGCGGAGUUGACAGGGAAGCUUCCUAAGGAGUAUCCAUUAGAUCCAGGGGAGGAGCCUCCGACGGUCAGGAGGAAGAUUGGCACCGCCAUCAAACUGGACGAACACAAGAUCAAGCUGAAAAGAGAGGAGGAGGAGCUAGAGCGUCUAGAGAGGGAGUUUGCCAUCCAAUCACAGAUCACGGAGGCUGCGAGGCGAUUGGCCGGCGAUCCGCACAUGAGCAGUAAGAAGCUGAAAAAACAGAGGAAGACGUCGUACCUGAACGCACUGAAGAAACUCCAGGAGAUAGAGAACGCCAUCAACGAACACCGUGUCCGCUUUGGGAAGAAACCUACGCAACGCGCUUCGCUUAUCAUAGAGGGUGAGACUACACACAUGCUGAGAGAAUCGCUUAUAAGAACCACAUCGCGUAAUAAACAGGAGGCCAACAUCGGCUCAGAGGACAGCUCUCUGUCGGACGCUCUGGUCCUAGAUGACGAUGACCCCCAGGCGACAGGGACCCCCACCUUCUCUCCGGCAGCGUCCCCACAAAAGGGCCUCCCUCCCCGGCCUCCCUCCCACAGCCGGCCCCCUCCCCCCCAGUCUCUAGAAGGCCUUAGGCACCUGCACUACUCCCGCUCCGAAUACGACAAGUCCCCCAUCAAACCCAAGAUGUGGAGCGAGUCCUCGCUGGACGAACCCUACGAGAGGGUAAAAAAACGCUCCUCACAUACCAGUCACAGGCGGUUCCCCAGCUCUGGUACUUGUGCGGAGGCAGGAGGCAGUAACUCUCUGCAGAGUAGCCCCAUCAGGAGCCUUCCUCACUGGAGCUCCCAGUCCAGCAUGCCCUCUACCCCUGACCUGAGGACCAGGACCCCUCAAUAUGUACACUCCACCAGGUCUGUGGACAUCAGUCCCACCCGUCUGCACAGUCUGGUUCAGCACUUUAGGACCCGCAGCUCCAGCCUGGAAUCUCAGGGCAAGCUGAUGGCGUCCGACCCUGACACACACACUCGCACAGACACCUUGGGAGCCCUGGGCAGCCCAGACUUCUUCCUGGCCCCAGGGACACGCAGCUCCAACGGCUCGGACCCGCUGGAUGACUGUUCGUCCUGUACCUCCCAGAGCAGCUCAGAACACUACUACCCUGGGGUAGCCCCAGGCUCCAAUCCCAACUACUCCACCCUUGGAGAAGACUCCCCCUCCAAAGCCAGGCAAAGACAGAGGCAGAGGCACAGGUCUGCAGGUCACCUUGGUUCCUCUAACUCUGGCUCCAUGCCCAACUUGGCAGCCAAGAAUGGUUCAGGAGGUGGUGGUAUGGGGGGAGCAGGGACUGGGUCAGGGCAGCACGGGGUGUACCUCCACAGCCAGAGCCAGCCCUCAUCCCAGUACCGGAUUAAAGAGUACCCCCUGUACGUAGAGGGCAGCCCCAACCCGGUGGUGGUGCGCAGCCUGGAGAGUGACCAGGAGGGCCACUACAGCGUCAAGGCCCAGUUCAAAACCUCCAGCUCCUACACAGCUGGGGGGCUCUACAAGGAGACCUGGGGGGGCGAGGAGGGGGGAGAGGGGAGCGGCAGACUCACCCCGUCCCGCUCCCAGAUUGUACGGACUCCCUCGCUAGGGCGAGAGGGGGGAGGAGGGGGAGGAGGGGGGAGGGCGGUGGUUUCGGAUGAGCUGAGGUGUUGGUACCAGCGCUCAUCUGGCAGUCUAAAGGAGAGGAGUCACUGUGGCUCCAAUGCGUCGGACAGCGGCUCGUUGCAAGGCACGCUGGGACAUGGACGAGGCAACAGGGUGGGGACGCUCGCCAAGGGAUCGCCAGCAGCGUCCCCUCACAGCCAGAGGAGUGUGACUCCAUCCAGUGAACAGGCCGCCACCCCCACACCCCCCUGCAGCCCACAACACCUCCUCAACUGGCAGAGCGGGUCAUUCAAUGAUAGCUGUUUCCUCAGCAGUCCUCUGUGUUCAGAGCUGGCAGAUGUCCAGUGGUACGGACAUGACAAGGCCAAACCUGGAACCCUGGUCUGAGCUACUGACCACCACCCAACACCCACUGACCCUCAACACUGAUCCUUACUGACACAACAUCCAACAUCUCAACUGACCCUUACAGCCCCCACCAACCUCUCCUCCAGUGCUGACUAGACUGGCCUUAUAUUGGACAGGAAACCCUCAUCCAUUCUUCCCUUCAUCCAUCUUUCCCUUUAUCAGUUUCUGUGCAUAUCGGGCUUGGCUGAGCUGGGGGUUCUAGGACGGUCACGACCAACUGGGCUGGACUAUUGCUGUGGAACAGCCAACCUUAGCCUCUGAACGAUCCUGAACUCUGAGUGUGAACUCUGACCUUUAAUCCCUGACCCUGAGUCUGCUCCAGUCUCAGCUCCAGGAUAACCAGGAAUGGGCAAGGGGGGAGGAGGGGUAAGAGCACACACACAACAACCCCAGCCCAGACUACACUCAGCCCACCUGGCCCUGACUCAUAUCUACCCCUGACCCCAGUGUGCUGCCAGCCAAUCAGAGGACACCUGAAGGAUUAAAGCUCUUCCCAUGUGUUUUGGCUCAUGUUCUGGACCUGUGUGUGUGUACGCUGGAUCUGCUAGGUUCAUUUCAUUUCAUUUUUGAUGUUUUGGUUUAUUUCUCUCUGUAUCGUUUUAUACAACAACAACAAAAAAUGCUGGAGAGAGACUAUUCACCCCUCGUUAAGAAAACCUUCAGAAUACUUUUCACUCUUUAGGAAAACUGCAGAUUGGAUUAUUGGAGAAUUCUAGAUUUUCUGAAAGACAAAAAUACAAACAUUCCCAAAAAUCCUAAUCCCAAUCCCAACUCCUAUCCCACAACCAAAGAUCCAUCUGACUGACCAAUGGCACCAGUCCCAUGGACACACUGGGGAAAAUGGUUUAUCAUACUGGGAGUUACACCCCACCAUACUGGGAGUCCUCAAAGGAACUGAAAGUGGUCAAUUCUACUGGGAACCUGCUCAGCACGUCUACUGGAAUGUCAGUCAUCUGAACUGUACAACUGCCAGCCACACUGAUCAACUAGUUUCUUGUACUGGGAUGAUCCACACUUCUACUGAGCAGUGAGCUCCUGGACUGGGAUGUUUUGCCACUAUACUGGGGGAUUGUGCUCAGCUGUAUUGGGAGACUAUGAACAGACUGGGGCCCCUGCACAGCCAGACCAGAGAUAGACAGGGACAGACUGUUAGCCACAGGCCACAGACACUUAUUCAAGGUUUGGGACCUGAAGGGCCAAGCCACAAUAUGCAAGGAAUCUCUCACUGAAAGCCAAUGUCUUGAGUUUGUGAUGGGUGAAACUGUAGCUAUAUGUGUAGCAGUUUUGGGGUGAAAUGGAGUUAAGACCACAUAUAGUUUUGGGUGUUUAUUUCCAAUCAUAUCUGCAGGCUUUCGGUGGUCUAUUUCAUCUGGCUCCACCCCUUCGUUUGACUUCCUGGUGAGAGGUAAAAGCUGACUGGAUGUUUAGGACUCCCACUCCCAGUCCUCUCUCUCUCUGGUUAUGGCUGUAUGCUGCGGAGCUGAUCAAUCACACUGCUGUAGCGAAGGGCACAACCCUCCCGCACAGUCGAGCUGCGCAGAUGAUGAGAUUGGUGAGAUGUUAAACACUUCUCCAGGCAUUGUGAUAUCUGACUGUGCGCAUUCCUCUGUUAAAAAACGGGAAGCAACCCAUGUUUAAGGACCAGUCUAUCUCUGUGUGACGUCGAUCUGUCUGUCUGUCCAACUUCACGAUUGGUCAUUGUCUCAGACACCAGGGUAGUAUAUUUGAGGGUAAACAUUUAGAUCAGGCAUGAGGCCUGUAAACUCCAGAGGUACUCGUUUGUACAGGUCACUAUCUCAGGCUAUACUCUCUCUGCCUAACGUCUCUCCUAUCACCAGUCAGAACACACACAUCUUGUUUCUGGACACACACACACACUUUUCUCAUCAGUGCCAUCUAUGUUGGUGCUUAAAGUCUGUACUGUAACCCAGCACUGAAAACAGCCACUCACUAAAACUACAAACCAUAUAACUACAAAUCCCACAGGGCCCAGUUCCUAGUCUAGCGGAGGAAGUGGCCGUGUUCGAGAGCAUCAAAACUAUGAUAUAUCAUGGGUAAAUUCUGUCUGACUGACUGAUCUACAAAUAAUAAUAAGUUGUUAUUUAUGACGCAAGGUGAUUUGUAGAUCAGUCAGUUGGCAGUCGCCUGCACUGUCGGCUGCAAUGUCAAACAAGCCCAGUGUGUGCUAUAUAGAGAACCUGCAUCCCAGAGCCAAAAGAACACCAGGGAGAGGUCUAUACACCAGUCAGAGAGCUGGAUCUGCUAUGUAGGGUUUUGACUAUUGUAACUGUGUCAAGUAUUCAAUCUAAGUGUUGUUACCAGAGCACAACAUACACAGUUACACACUAUGUAUGAAGACUAUAGACCUACUAUAUACAGAACCAGUUUUCAUCUAGUUCUCCUCCUGUCUUUUUGAUACAUAACGGGAUUAAGAACAUCUGCAUAACAACACAUUAAUGAUGUAAGAGUAAAUCCAGACUUGAUAUAAGAGUAACACACAUAUCUAGAAUAUAAAAAAUGUAUCCCCGGCACCAAACAGGAUGUAUAUAUCAUUGUGCUUUUAUUGUGCCCCGUUCAAGACAACUGGGAACUCGGAAAUCUCCGACGUCAGACUUCAGUGAGUUCAAGACAACUGGGAACUCGGGAAAAAACGAGCUCCAACUGGGAAAAAUGGUUUUGAACGGUCAUCCAAGUCGGAAACUCGGGGAUCAUCCUAAAGCUCCGACUUCUCCAACCUGAAGAUCACUGAUGUCACGAUUUGACCUUGUUUUAUUCUGAGUUCCCAGUUGUCUUGAAAGUACCAUUACUGUGUAGAUAAUGUCAUCAAUGAAAUGUUGAACUUUGACCUUGGUUUAGUAAUGGAGGCCAUCACCGUAUCCCGCGGUAACACGGCUGUGACACAAAGAGAACAUGUAGAUUCCAUAUACCUCUCGCUUACAUAGACCAACUCUUGUCACAAACAAAUUCUAAAACAGGUAUUUUAAAGCACACAUUCUGGUGUUCUACUGUGGAAAAGAAGCCUCUGCCCAACAUUGUUGUAAUGCUGUAUGUGUGGACAGUGUACAAAAUCUCAAACAAAGCAAAGAAUUGCAGUCCCUCUCUCACGUCUGCCUGUGCUUUGUAAAGGCUUAUAUCCUCCCUUGAAGCUAAAAACAUUGUGUAAAGGUUGCACAAAAAUCUGACCCCGUCAAAUUAGUUGAACUUGUACCAAGCGGCAUGGUGGACUAAAUUUCCUUCAGUUUGAAGUUUCACGGACACCUCUCCAACCCUGCCACACUGCAAGGUCCUGUUAAAAAUGCUGUGUUUCUUAUUAACUUUGACCUCUCCUGUUGUUCACUUCUAGAACCACUGGGGAACUGCAGUCUGCCAUCAGCUAGGCUAAGGCUCAUUAGCCUAUUUAUUUCCCAUGGAUGAGACACCUCUGCUAGCUCACACCAUUCCAUGCAUGCUCAAAAAACAAAAAUAUCACCCCUCUCCACUCACCUUUUCCUCCUAGACAGAGAAGCAUUCCUGUAUCCAUGACAACACUCCCCAACCCCAAGUUUGACUUUUGACUCCUGACCCCUCUGACCUUUGAACCCAAUGUGGUGAUGAUGUGUGCUGUACCCUCCUCUAUAGGCCCCCUAUGCCCAUACUGUCUGUACUCCAUUGAAACAUAAACAUUUUUAUAGUUUAAGAAAAUUAACUCUUUUAUCAACCUCUUUCCUGUACGUACUCUACGGAGGGGCACUGUAAGCCUAAGUGGGGUUUUUAACAUUCACUGUAAGCCUAAGUGAGGUUUUUAACAUAACCAUGUUCCUUUUCAUAUGAACCAGUAUUAGUUGUUUCUUUGGUUUAUGUUUCUAAGUUCUGACAUAGUAAGAAUCAUUUCAGGUGCUACAUGAUGACCAGUUACUGCUUUGUCACAUAGGAUAUAGACUCUCCUCAUUGUUGUCAAUAGUUUUAAUACCAGUUGUGCGGAGCAAAGACCAUCCCUUUAGGCAGCAGUUCAGUAGGACACCCCUCCACCAGACCAUAGAGCAUGUAACAUGAUUUUAUUGGUUCUCUUCAACUGUAACCUGACAAAAAAAAGGUGUUGUAGAAAAAAAACAAUGUGGAAUUGACAAAAAAAAAUACUGAAUUCCACAGUUAAUUUAUUCUUUUUUCUAUUAAGAAUUUGUAUAGGAACUUUACAUUUUUCAAAAUCGUGUUGUUGGCAACUGAUAAUGAAUUUUCCAGAUGAGAAGACUUGGUGGUUCUUGAGAUUAUAAAAAUAAAUUAUUGCUGAAUGUUCUCAA